AUGUUGUUGGACCUCUCUGCGGGCCGCCUGCAUCAGCCGUUCCCGCUCGCCCAGCUCCCGCGGCGUGAAACAGAGGCUGAGGGCAGCGAUGGAACUGAAGUGGAUGAUUCAGGGAGCUGUGGAGACUGCAGUGUGGAGGUGACAUUGUGGUACUGGACACGAGGGGGCAAGCGUGACGGAAGCAAGAGGCCCACAUCGCAGCACCCCGCCUGGCUGCAAGAGCUCAGUCAUGGGCCAGGGACCCGUAGGGAGGAGGAAGAGGUGGUUCAUAGCGUGACUAACCCAGCGGUAACAGGAGCCGGGGGCUGGUGGUCCCCGUGGACCCCGGCCUGUGUGUCAGUGUUUCAGACCGCUCUGCAGAAAGAAGUAGCCCCAGAACCUCCCCGGGCCCCUGGAGACCCUGUGAAACCAAACAGUGAGGAACAAGCCUUUGAGCCAGUCCAUCAAUACCAGUCCAUUUGCAAGGGAGCCAUUGGCGUUCCCUUACCAGUGAGCAACGCUCUCAUCAUACCUCAUAAUAGAGAGGGGCGCAACAAUAUGAUGGACCUUUUUGAGACCAACACUUACCUUUUCAGUGAUUUGCGCUAUUUGGAAGAAGGGGAUCAUGGACCACUACAGCACUUGGACAUGGCGGGGGUGUCUCCCCUGUAUAACGGCAAUGACAGCCCUUUGUCCCCCAGCCAGGAUAAUGUUCCAUCGGAGACCGGGGGCGAAAGCAGUGGUGAGGAGCAUGUGCUUGCUCCUCCAGGCCUUCAGGCUCACUGUGAGGGUCAGUGCCUCAUGUGGGCCUGUAAAAUCUGCAAGAGGAAAUCCGCGCCAACGGAUAGACGCAAGGCUGCCACGCUGAGGGAGAGAAGGAGGCUCAAGAAGAUCAACGAGGCGUUCGACGCGCUGAAGAGGAAGACGGUGCCCAAUCCCAACCAGAGACUGCCCAAAGUGGAGAUUUUGCGUAGCGCUAUCAGCUACAUCGAGAGGCUACAGGACCUGCUUCAGACCCUGGACGAGCAAGAGAAAAUGCAAAACGGGACCCAUUUUCCCUCCAAAGAACACAGUGUGGCCAGUGAUGAGUACCACUGGAAGAAAUCCUCCGAGUCCUGGCAAGCCUCUGCUGAUCAUUCCUCUACAGCGAUGAACCAGAGGGAAGGAACCAGUGAAUCUUCUGCAUCCUCCAGCCUCCUGCGUCUGUCCUCCAUUGUGAACAGCAUCACAAAUGAUGAGAAAAUCAACUUCUCCGCAGACGGCAACAGACCCCUCAUAUCACUCAGAGGUCUCCUUAUUUUCACCCAUCUACUUGGCCCUUCUUCCUUACUCUGCACCAGCCUGACCAUCUAUUCAGACGCCUUUCUUCCGCGAGCCAUGGACGUCUUCUCACCAUCCCAGCUUUACUACGACAGAGCUUGUGCUUCUUCUCCAGACAGCCUGGAGUUUGGCCCUGGUAUGGAGCUUGCUGGCUCAGAAGAGGAUGAACACAUCAGGGUUCCUGGAGCUCCCCACCAGCCUGGACAUUGCCUGCAGUGGGCCUGUAAGGCCUGUAAGCGCAAGUCCAGCUUCGUGGACCGCAGACGGGCUGCCACCAUGCGUGAGCGCCGGAGGCUGAAGAAAGUCAACCACGCUUUUGAGGCUUUGAGACGCUGUACCUCAGCCAACCCCAGCCAGCGCCUGCCUAAGGUGGAGAUCCUGCGCAAUGCGAUUCAGUACAUCGAGAGCCUGCAGGAUCUCCUACGAGAGCAGGUGGAGAACUUUUACAGCCUACCUGGAGAGAGCGGCUCUGAACCAGGGAGCCCGCUAUCCAGCUGCUCUGAUGGCAUGGCCGGGAGCAACAGUCCAGUGUGGCAACAGCUGAAUGCAAACUAUAGCAACAGCUAUUCAUAUGCAAAGAAUGACAGUUUGGAUGAAAAAGCGGCUGGUGCCUCCAGCCUGGAAUGCCUUUCCAGUAUCGUGGACCGUCUGUCUUCGGUGGAGUCCAGCUGUGGAGCAGCUGCUUUGAGAGACAUGGCCACCUUCUCCCCCAGCAGCUCUGAGUCGCAGCCCUCCACACCGGCGAGCCCCGGAUCCAGGCCCGUCUAUCACGUCCUGUGAAGGGAACCUAGCUUUGAUGUUGAUAUUUUGCCGCAGGCGGGUGUUGUGCUUUCAUCAGAUACCAGCUGCAUUUGCCAAAAAAUGAUAAGAACUAGUUUUGUGCGAGGUGGAGGACACGGAGGACCUGUGGCAGCCAGCUUUUAUACUGUACAUGAGUUUGUAAAUAUGUAAAAUAUUUCUCAUUUAUUCUACACGUUCAGUUAUAACCAACGUAACAUAUUUAAAUAAUGCUGCAUUUUUCAAUUAUGAAUUGAUAUUUAAGCAAUGUUGUAUCUUUUUACACUUCAUGUUUUUUUGUGACCAUUAAAUGUUUGAUUGUUCUAUCAGCAACUUUUGCUUUGAAUAAUGUGUUUCCCUUUAGACAGAAUCACAAACCGUCAUUAGUGAGGAAUUAGUGGGUUUGCAACGUUUAGAAGAUAAUACAUAGAAAACAGGAACUGCGUUGUAGCUUUCAAUGUGACAAGAGUGAAAUUGUCCAUCUAAUGUAGCGAUCUCACAUUUAUUUGCAUAAUAAUCAGCAUGAGUCUAACACGGUAGCUGUAUAUCAAAACGAAAGGGCAGGGUAUUUAUUAUGCACCACACACACACAGUUCAUACCAUAUUUGCAGUCUCGAGCUAACAAGGUGUGGGGAUCGUAUUGGAGUUUAGCCGAAAACAUUUGUCAUUUUCCACAGCUGUAAUCACUCUCAUGGCCUUCUUUUUUUUUUUUUCACGAGUCAUACGCCGACGUCAAAGUCUGAAAUGUGUUUUUUUUUCCUGCAUCAAAGAUGAUUAGAAUAAAAAGCAAAAAAGUAGACCACCAUUCAGUCUCUGUGAAAGGAAAGCACCAAAUAAAGAUGCUAAACUCUG